AUCAUGAAGGAGAUUUUGCUUUUCGCCGUGACGGUCGUCAUCUGUGGGCUGUGCUCUGGAGGGCCAGCAGCACAGAGUGCGUUCCCGUCCCCCUUCAAGCUGGACCCGAGCAAGGAUGCGUCCACCGGCACCUGCUGGGUCUUUGGCGACCCGCACUACCGCACCUUCGACGGACACUACUACGACUUCAUGGGCAACUGCACGUACACGCUGGCCAAGAACUGCCACGAGGACCGGGAGCACCCUGGCUUCGACGUGGAGAUCCGCAAUGAGAACCAGGCCGAGCUAGAUGUCACCUUCAUCGAGUCGGUCAUCAUCAAGGUUGCGGGCUACAACAUCAACAUGAUCCGCUCAGAAUUCGGGUUUGUCAGGGUGGAUGACAACAAAUGGAGCCUUCCGGUCAGCCUUGGCAACGGCAAGGUCCACCUGUCCUACAGCGGCAUGUCGGUGGUGGUGGAGUCCGACUUUGGCCUGCGCGUGCAGUACAACUGGGGCCAGUACCUGGUGGUGAGCGUGCCGCGGCGCUUCAUGGGCAGGAUGUGCGGCAUGUGCGGCAACUACGACGGCAACAGCCACGACGACCUCGUCAACAAGGCGGGCGACUUGGUGAGCAACGUGCAACAGCUGGGCAAGAGCUGGCAGGUGGCGGGGGCGGACGUCGGCAUGCACUGCCAGAACGACUGCACGGGCAGGUGCGCGGCGUGCGAGAGCGACAGCGAGCAGGAGCUCCUGACCAAAGAGGCAGAGACCUUCUGCGAGAACCUCACCAAGCUCUUUGCAGGACCCUUGAGCGAGUGUGGAGCGGUGAUUGAGCCCAAGAUGUACUGGGGCAACUGCCUGCAUGACGUGUGCAUGGGCAAAGGCAUGAAGAGGUUCCUGUGUGACUCAGUGCAGGUCUUCACAGACGCCUGUCAGCAAGCCGGCUACAAGGUGCUCAACUGGAGAGCAUUCGUCAACUGCCCCCGGCCUCAGUGCCCCGAGAACAGCCACUACGAGGAGUGCGGCAGCGCCUGCCCAGCCACCUGCGGCGACCCCGAGGCCCCCAGGAGAUGCCAGGCCUACUGCGCGGAGACGUGCACCUGCGAUGAGGGCUUCGUCCGCAACGGGGACAAGUGCAUCCCCCAGUCGCAGUGCGGCUGCUUCCACGCGGCCACGGACAGCUACGUGCCCGCCGGCACGACCUUCUGGAACGACGACAACUGCCGGGAGAGGUGCACCUGCAACGGCGCCACCAACAAGAUCGAGUGCGAGGCGUCCAGCUGCGUGUACGGGAAACUGUGCGAGGUGGUGGACGGCAUCCGACAGUGCGUGCCCAACAUGUUUGGCACCUGCAUGGUGUCUGGAGAUCCACAUUACCUGACCUUUGAUGGCCUGAAGUACAACUUCCAGGGAACCUGCGUCUACCAGAUGGCCAAGAUGUGCUCUGCCAACAACGUCCCCAACGGCCUGCUGAACUUUGAGGUCAACGUUCAAAACGAAGGAAGCGACAGCUCCUCCACAGCCAAACUGGUUGAGAUCAAGAUCGGCGGGCUGACUUUUAUCAUGAGCAAGGAACACAAGGGCAAAAUCAUGGUGGAUGGAGAGUUGUUGAAUAUGCCUUUCUGGAAGGCCAACAACACCAACUACGUCUUCCAGAGCGGCUUCUUUGGCGUGGUGCUGGUCCCUUCCACUGGCCUGCGGGUGCAGUAUGACUGGGAGGACACGGUGGUGGUCACGGUGCCCAGCGACUACAGCGACAACGUGUGCGGCCUCUGCGGAAACUACAACUACAAGCAGAGCGACGACAUGGUCAUGAGCAACGGCAAGAUGGCCGCGUCCACCACCGAGUUCGGGAAGAGCUGGCGGGUGGCAGAGAUCCCCGGGUGCGUGGACGGAUGCCACGGGCCUUGCCCCAACUGCGACAUCACGGAGAAGUGGCAGUACGAGACGUCGGAGUUCUGCGGCAUGAUCCGUGACAUCAACGGACCUUUCCGCAAGUGUCACGCCUACGUCAACCCGGAGAAGUACUUCGAGAGCUGCUUGUACGACGUGUGUCUUCACCACGGGGAGAGGUGGGUGCUCUGCCAGGCACUGAAGGCCUACACGUACGCCUGCCAGAGGGAGGGGGCUGAGGUGUUCCCAUGGCGCUCAGAGAAGUUCUGUGACGUCCAAUGCCCAUCGCACAGCCACUAUCAGGUGUGUGCCAAGGGGUGCCCAGCCACCUGCUCCAGCCUGUUCACCCACUCCGAGUGCCACGAGAAGUGCCACGAAGGCUGCGCCUGUAAUAGGGGCUACGUUCAGAGCGGGGACAAAUGUGUGCCCAUCGCCCAGUGUGGCUGUUGGUAUGAGCACCAAUACUACAAGCAGGGGAAGGUCUUCUACCCGCAUGGCAAAUGUGAAGAGGAGUGCACCUGCAAGGAUGGCAUGGUGACGUGCAAACCGUUCUCCUGCGGCGCCCACGAGAAGUGCGAAGUCAGGCACGGCAAGAGGGGAUGCUACCCCAUCGGACACGCCAAGUGCUCCAUCUCCGGCGACCCCCACUACAACACCUUCGACAACCUCACCUACCCCUUCCAAGGCACCUGCACGUACAUGGCCGCCAAGGCCUGCCACAUCGAGGGCGACGCGCACCUGCAGCCCUUCUCCGUGGUGGUGGAGAACGAGAAGUGGUACGGACUGUCCCAGGACCCCCAGGUGGCCGUGGCCAAGGCCGUGGUGGUCAAGGUGUACGGCCAGACGCUCGUGCUGAGGAAGAACCUAAUCGGAGUGGUCGUGGUCAAUGAGGUCUUGGACCAUUGGCCCCUGAAUCUGAAUGAUGGCCAGAUCCAGGUGUAUCAGAGCGGCACAAAUGUUAUCAUCGAAACCGACUUUGGCCUGAAGGUGACCUAUGACCUGGUCUACCACAUUACCAUCACGGUUCCCGACAGCUACCGUGACAAGACCUGCGGGCUUUGUGGCAACUUCAACGGUAACAAGGACGACGAAUUCCAGCUUCCCAGUGGCAAAGAAGCCAGGACCAUCACUGAGUUUGGGGCGGCGUGGAAAGAAGCGCAGCAUGGUGUAGUCUGUGAUGAUGGUUGCACGGGUGACUUCUGCCCCAAGUGUCCUGAGGAUAUGAAGAAGAUCUAUGAGAACGACUGCAAGACCAUCAAAGAUCCCAAAGGUCCUUUCGCUGCCUGCCUGAAUGUCAUCGACCCUGAGUCAUACUUCAGAGAUUGCGUGUAUGACGUUUGCAUGGGCGAUGGAGACCGCAACAUGCUAUGCCACAGCAUCGCUGCUUACGUGUCCGACUGCCAGGACUUUGGGGUCGACAUUAAGAGCUGGAGGACGCCAACCUUCUGUCCGCUGAGGUGCUCCAGCAACAGCCAUUACCAGGUGUGUGCCGAGACGUGCGACAAGCCCUGCCCAGGGCUGCAGGAUGUGGUGGUCUGCCCCAACACCUGUGCCGAGGGCUGCAGCUGUGACUCCGGCUACUACUACAACGGAACCGGGUGUGUCAGCCACGCCCAGUGCGGCUGCUUCUUCGAGGGGCAUACCUACGAGAUCCACCAGUCUGUCGUUAACUUUGACUGCACUGAGCGCUAUACGUGCACGCCCUCUGGCGUGGUGAAGCAGGAGCGUAUCCACUGCCGCAGCUACGAGGUGUGCUCGGUCAAGGACGGCAUCCAGGGCUGCUAUGCCCAGCAGUGCUCCAUCAAGCCUGGCGGAGAGUUCACCCUCGCCGACGGGCACCAUGGCAUCGUGCACGCGGCGGGCACCUACGAGAUGGUCCGGGUGUGCAGCGACCAUGUCGACGUGGACUGGUUCCGCGUGAUGGUGUCCUUCCAGCCAUGCGGCCGGGGCGUGAAGUGCGUCACAGCGGUUUAUGUGUUCUUCGAUGACUUGUUCAUGAGCAUUGACAGCAAUCAAGAGGCUUGGGUGAACGGCAGACAGGUCUCCCUGCCGAGCGCGCAGAGACACGGUGUUUCCAUUCGCAUGUUUGGAGAUGAGAUCGUCAUCGAGAAGCCUUCGGUCCUGCGUGUGUCUUACAGCAGCUCUCGCGUGUUCACUGUGACGGUGGGUGAGGACGUGAAAGGACCCGUGUGUGGCACCUGCACGGGGCUGGACAAUCCCAACAAUAAACCGAUCACUCAGAUCUCUGACGACUACAUGAAGACAUGGCUAGUAUCAGGACAAGUCCCGUACAACAAGUAGUCCAGUUGCAUAGCUAUUACUAAGGACCACGAGCUGAACUCUGCUAUCUGCUAUUGAAAAAAAAAACCUUUGAUAUCCAACGACUCUGAGGAAUGUUCGGAAGGGCAUUUUAAUGGUGCUUGCUGCAGAUCUUUUCAGCAUCAAAGCAGUGAUGGGUCAUCAAGCUCUGACACCUGGAGGAGGAGGUAUGGAGGAUCUGCAGAAGACCAAAGAAUUCUACGAUAAUCCUUUUCAACGUGAUUUAUUAUCAGCGUCCAUGCAGUAAAUCAGGGAGACCAAUGAGCAUGGAUCCACCGGCCAUAACUACUAUAUACAGUAGUUCAUUUUUGGCAAAAAAUGUACACACCAUGGUAUAUGCUAUGUUGAAUAAACACUCAUGUAAAACUUUGCAAUUAAA